AUGCCUCUCGUCGUCCUUAUAUGGCCUUCUGUCCUGGACGAUAGGCCUUUAGAAUUGGAAGACCGGAUGGAAAAUCCCGAUUAUCUUCAAUAUCUCUACUAUACCCAAACAUGGACCCUUCACGAGGGGCCAAAGUUCUCCCUAGCAACGCUUAGGAACAGCCUCACUACGACGAUGAGGUAUAUUGCGGCCAAGGGACUUCUGGAGACCGGCAUCAGGUCCAAACGAACUUACUGCAACGACGUCGGCCUCCCAGAGUUGCGGAUGCUGAUCGAUCACGAUAUCCUCCACACGGGAUCUCAAGAAGUGGCCGAGGUCCACCAUCUUGCUUGGGCUUUGGGCCGCAUAUGUGCCCUUCGACCAGGCAGCCUCGGCUGGUCCCACCCAAGCAUGCGCGACGACGGCAUGGGAAUCCUCAAGCAUUACAGCACCAUUGACGAGCUUUUGGAUGGAGACCGGCGGAACAUCAUCAUCAAGGAGAGAUACCUGGACGACCCGAAACCCGGACACUGGAAAGAUACUACAUCGAUUCGAUACGGACGCUGGACGUUUACGGCCAUCGCCCUAGGCGAAGAGGAGAACCAAGACCGUAUGGCAACGAGGGAGGCCGAGCUGGCGCUUAACGUCUUGCGUAAUGAUGAAGCCAGCGCAGUAUUUGGGCCGCUUCUAAAUGAACACAACCAUGAACAAAAUCAUGGAAUAAGACGAAUCAUACCCACAACAGCCAACGCCCGCGGAGCUUCGAAACUAUAA